AUGGCGAAGCCCUGCGAGAACGGCUACUUGGAGGGCGGCUUGGAGGAGGCGUCCCCGCGGCGCCCCCGCCUGCGGCUCUGCCGGCCUCGCUCCUGCGGGCGCUUCCUGCGGCGGCACUGCCUGGUGCUGCUGACCGUCUCCGGCGUGCUGCUGGGGCUGGGCCUGGGCGCCGGCGCGCGGCGGCUGCGCCUCUCCCGCGCCCAGGUGGCCUACCUGGCCUUCCCGGGCGAGAUGCUGCUGCGCAUGCUCAAGAUGGUCAUCCUCCCGCUGGUCGUCUGCAGCCUGGUCUCCGGCGCCGCCAGCCUCGACACCCGCUCGCUCGGCCGCCUGGGCGGCGUCGCCCUCGCCUACUUCUUGCUCACCACCCUCGGCGCCGCCGCCCUGGCCCUCGCCCUCGGCUUCAUCAUCCAGCCCGGCCGCGGCGCCGGCGCCCUCAACUCCCACGCCCUCGGCCUCGACGGCGCCCUGCCCGCCAGCAAGGAGACCGUCGACUCCUUCCUCGACCUGGCCAGAAACUUGUUCCCGUCGAACCUGGUCGCAGCGGCCUUUCGAUCGUAUGCUACAGACUACAAAAUGAUAAUACGGAACACAACUCUCGGGAAUGUUACCGAAAAGAUCCCUGUCGGCACCGAAAUCGAAGGAAUGAAUAUCCUGGGCCUAGUCCUUUUCGCACUGUUUCUGGGAGUGGCCUUGAAAAAGCUCGGCCCCGAAGGAGAAGAGCUGAUUCGUUUCUUUAAUUCGUUCAACGAGGCAACCAUGGUUUUAGUCUCUUGGAUUAUGUGGUAUGUACCUCUGGGCAUUAUGUUCCUUGUCGGAAGCAAGAUCGUGGAAAUGGAAGACGUCUUCCUGCUAGUGACAAGCCUGGGAAAAUACAUCUUUGCGUCCAUUCUGGGUCACAUCAUCCACGGCGGGAUCGUUUUACCCCUUAUUUAUUUUGCGGUCACACGCAAAAACCCUUUCUCUUUUCUCUUGGGGCUCAUAACACCAUUUACCACAGCUUUCGCUACUUGUUCCAGCUCUGCCACUCUUCCGUCUAUGAUCAAGUGCAUUGAAGAAAACAACGGUGUCGACAAGAGAAUUAGCAGGUUUAUCCUGCCCAUCGGGGCCACCGUGAACAUGGACGGGGCUGCUAUUUUCCAGUGUAUGGCCACCGUAUUCAUUGCCCAGCUGAACAACUUCGACCUCAACGCCGGACAGAUUUUUACCAUUCUCGUGACCGCCACCGCGUCCAGUGUAGGAGCGGCUGGGAUCCCAGCGGGAGGAGUUCUAACCAUCGCUAUUAUCUUGGAGGCCAUCGGUCUUCCCACCAAUGACAUCUCCCUCAUUUUGGCAGUGGACUGGAUUGUGGACCGGACGACCACGGUGGUGAACGUCGAGGGGGACGCGUUCGGAGCCGGCAUCCUCCACUACCUGAAUCAAAAAGAGAUGAAGGAGAAAGAGCCGGAGCUCAGCGAGGUCUACGUGGAAGCCGUUCCAAACUGCAAGGCCGAAGCCGAGACCUCGCCUCUGGUGAUGCACAAGGGCCAGGCCCCAUCCACCCCUCCGCCUGGCACUACAGACAUAGAAUCGAAAGAGUCAGUCCUCUGAAGGAGAAGGAGGAUUGUGGGGAGUCGGCCCCUCCUCUCGGACACUGCGUUUUCGAGGCAACUC